AUGCUUCUCUCUCGGGUUUUCUCCUUGUUAUCCCUGGCUCUCUCAUCUGUCAACGCCCAGUCCAGUAGCGAUGGAUCUUCUGAGCUCGCUGCGCUGGCAGCAGCAUUGCCAACUUGCGGACUGAAAUGUUUCAUUACCGAUCUAGCAAGCUCGAAAUGCACCGACGCAGCGUGUGUGUGCAGCGAUACGAAGCUCAUGGCGAGCAUCACCACUUGCGUUACCUUGAACUGUACAAUCCCGGAUGCCCUGGUUGUCAAAAAUAUUUCCAGCACAGCCUGUGGCGUGCCGGUGAGGGAUGAAGGAAAGCACUACGACACCGUCUCCAUCACCUUGGGAGUUAUCUCAGGCGCCGUCAUCAUCAUGCGACUGGGUUUCAAACUGUUCAUAGCCAAGACUGGUCUCGGCCUCGACGACUGGUUCAUACUAGCAACAAUCCUCGUCGGCGUCCCUAGCAGCGUCAUUACUUCGCAAGGACUGAUCCCCAACGGCUUAGGAAGAGAUAUAUGGACGCUCACACCUGCGCAAAUCACAAACGUAAUUCACUACUUCUAUUUCAUGGCUUGGCUUUACUUCCUCCAGUUGGCCCUGCUCAAGACAUCUCUGUUGUUCUUUUACCUCAAAAUCUUUCCCAAUAAAACCGUACGAUGGUUGCUUUGGGGAACUCUUAUUUUCAAUGGAAUAUCUGCGAUCUCUAUUGUGGAAGACGUGUGGAUGCUAGCAAUUCCACUCUCCCAGCUUCAUGCACUCCAACUACAUUGGAAAAAGAAGAUUGGUGUUGCCAUUAUGUUCUGCACUGGCACAUUCGUGACUGUCAUAUCUGUUGUCAGAUUGCAAAGUCUCAUUACUUUCGGAGACACCGAUAACCCGACGUGGAACAACUUGAAGGUCUCACUCUGGAGCACGAUCGAAAUAAACGUAGGCAUCAUCACGUGUUGCAUGCCGACAUUACGACUUAUUCUCCUCCGAGCCUUCCCACGGCUUUCGUCAACGUACAGGAGCACAGAGGCUUACUACGCAAAAAACGGGGGGACGAACCAGUCGAGGGGCAAGCGCAGUCGGAAUCGAACGAACGAAUUCAGCCAAGAACAGCCAAGCGACAACGGAAAGAAACCGAGCAAUGGAAUCGAAUAUUCCCGAGGAUUUACCGUCCAGUUCCACGAUGCCGAAGCGUCAAGCCAAGUCCAGCUAAGAGACUUGGACUCCAAAGGGUUUGCGGCCAAAACCAGCAUCAGCGAAUGUUCGGCCUGA